AUGCCACGUCAGCCUCGCCGCGAAGAGUACACUGUAGGAUGGGUAUGCGCACUGCCCAUCGAGUCCGCAGCGGCAAGAUCGAUGCUAGACGAAAAGUAUGAUGCCCCCGAUCCCGAACCAGGCGAGAAGUGGGAUGACAUAUAUUUCACGGGUUCGAUAGCCGGCCACAAUGUUGUUAUCGCUUGCCUACCGGGGCGUACUGGGACGAAUUCCGCAGCUACGUUGGCAACACGGAUGCAAGCCAAGUUCCAAGGAAUCAGAUUUGGACUCAUGGUAGGCAUCGGUGGAGGUGUACCAGGCGGGCAAGCAGAUAUUCGACUUGGAGAUGUUGUUGUCAGUGCACCACAAAAGACCUUCGGAGGGGUAGUCCAAUACGAUAUGGGAAAGACGACACCAACAGACAUCAUAAGAACAGGAAGCUUGGACUCACCACCCCAGAUCUUGCUUAGUGCAGCAGGCGCACUAGAAUCUGACGCUUUGAUCGGCGAGAGCAAGCUGCUCAGCAUACUCUCAAAAACCCAGCACAUCCCUUCUUUGCGGCGGUGUGAAUCCAGUACAGAUGUGCUGUACGAUGCAUCCUACAAUCACGGAAACGAUCCAACUUGUGAGAAUUGUUGUUCCGAUAAACAAGUGGUCCGGUCCCAGCGCAGAAGAGGAGAAGAAGUGGUAGUGCAUCACGGAACCAUCGCAUCAGGCAACCAAGUGAUGAAGAGCGCUGCUGAAAGGGACGAGAUUAGCCAAAAACUCGGUGGUGUUCUAUGCUUCGAGAUGGAGGCAGCCGGUCUCAUGAACAGCUUCCCCUGCCUUGUCAUCCGUGGCAUCAGCGACUAUUCAGAUUCGCAUAAAAACGACCAAUGGCAUGGUUACGCCGCCGCAACUGCAGCUGCCUAUGCUAAAGAACUUCUUUCAAGGAUCCCACCAGCUCAUGUGAUGAGAACCGCAAGGGUAGAAGAUGUGAUUAACGACACGAGAAAACGCGACGCACGAUCUUCAAGCCCCGCUUGUGAGUCUUUGAAACGUAGGAAAAUCGAGGGCCCUGAUGCUCAGGUGCCUGAGCUCGAAGAGCGGGGACUCGUUGAACGAACCCGACAGCCACUGAAAGAAGCUCAAUUCCAUCAUCCGCAAAAUGAAGACCCAACACGCGGGGCAUUGAGCGACGAGCAGAAACAACAGCUUCUAAAGUCUCUGGAAUUCGACCAAAUUGACGAACGGAAAAACACGAUCAAAAGGGCUCAUACGAAAACAUGCAAAUGGCUUUUACAAAGCGCGCCCUAUCUAGAUUGGCUUGAAGUUGCGAAGAGAAGCGAGCACCACGGAUUUCUGUGGAUCAAAGGGAAAGCUGGAGCAGGAAAAUCCACGCUCAUGAAGUUUGCUCUAGAAAGAGCGCCCAAAGAAGUACAAGGCAGCUCGACACUGUCUUUCUUCUUCAAUGCACGGGGAAGGGCAAUGGAGAAGUCUACAACAGGAACCUAUCGGUCAUUGUUACUGCAGCUUCUUACGAGAUUUCCAAAGUUGCAGAACGUCUUUAGCUUGCUUUAUUCAUCAACAGUAGACUUCGAUGAAAAUCGCGAGUGGAGUGUGGAAUCGCUCAAGAUGCUUCUCGAAGAGGCUAUCCUGAUGCUCGGGAAGGCUCCCGUCAUAUGUUUCAUCGACGCGUUAGACGAAUGUGACGAAACAGAGAUUCGAGACAUGAUCCAGUUUUUCGAGCACAUUGGGGACUUGUCAACAGAAAGGGAUUUGCCCUUCUUUACCUGCUUUUCUAGCAGGCACUAUCCUCAUAUCACUAUUCGCAAAGGACUCGAAUUGGUGUUAGAAGGGCAAGAAGGCCACAAUCAAGACAUUAUCAACUACAUUGGAACUGAGUUGAAAAUUGGAAAGAGCAAAAAAGCACAGAAGAUUAGAGACGAUGUUCGAGAGAAGGCAGCGGGUAUCUUCAUGUGGGUCGUUUUGGUUGUUGGCAUUUUGAACAAAGAAUCAGAUCAAGGCCGUGUGGAUCGGCUCCAACAAAAAUUGCACGAGAUUCCCAGCGACUUACACGACCUAUUUCGCGAUAUUCUCACCCGAGACUCAAAUAAAAAGGAGCAAUUGGUCUUGUGUAUUCAAUGGGUGCUCUUUGCAAAACAGCCACUCAGUCCCGAGCAGUUAUACUACGCUAUAUUUUCUGGAAUCGAUCCUAGUGCUGUAUCCGCAUGGGACCCCGACGAAGUUGAUCAAGAUUCAAUCAAGAGGUUCAUACUUGAUUCUUCAAAAGGCCUUACUGAUAUUACUGCCUCCAAAAAUCAAAAAAUUCAAUUCAUACACGAAUCGGUCAGAGAUUUCUUGCUCAAAGAGAAUGGACUAGCAAAAAUCUGGCCCGAAUAUCAGCACAACUUCUUGGGCCAAAGUCACGACAAGCUUAAACUGUGCUCCUGGGUUUACAUCAAAGUUGUCCUAGAUAAGUCACCGGACAUUCUCCAUUUCCUCCACGAACAAUCUUCAAUGGCAUCGAAAGAGCUACGUCUCUCAAUGGAAAGGCAGUUUCCACUUCUUGAGUACGCUGUCCACAGCAUCUUCUACCAUGCAAAUUUGGCAGAACAUCACCACAUUUCCCAGGCGACAUUUUUGGACGAAUUCCAGCUUGCAACCUGGGUUCUGCUGGAUAAUCUGCUGGAGAACUUCAAAAUUCGUAAGCAUCAGCAUACCGUUAGUCUGCUGUAUAUUUUAGCCGAACUAGACUGCGCCAAUCUCAUCAAGUCUCACGUUCCGCUCAGUGAAGUUCUAGAUAUCACAGAAGAGCGCUAUGGCUGCCCUUUGUUCGCUGCAAUUGCCCUUGGAAACGACGCAGCGAUUCGAGUUCUCUUGACGGCAAUUGAUUCAGCACCACCCCAAACAGAUACAAACCGUGAACAGUCUGACUAUCAUAUGCCCCGAACAGGUCAUGACUCGACUGCUUAA